AUAUAUGAUAUUAUUCCAAAAUACACAUAUGAGGCUGGAAACAGAGAUUUUUUAAUUUUUAUUUUCCGAGUUUUUUCAUAUAAACCCUAGAUUAAAUUUCACGUUUCAUUUUUUUUUUUGGGUUAGAUAGAGAAGAUCAGAUUCUUCAUUUGUCAAGGAACAAAAAGGUGAGUCUCGAUUCGUCACUAAUCCAAUCAGAUUUUUUCCGGCUCAAAUUUCGUUUCUUUCGUUUUCGGGUUCCUGUGUUUUACUGAAUUGAGGGAUCGGGUCGCUCCGAUUUAGAUUUUCGUUUAUCUGAAAGAUUUAUUGAAGCAGUGUUUGGUUUUGGAUUCUUUUGGGGGAUUGGAGACAAGCGAAGAUGAUUUCUAGGUCGUACACGAAUCUGUUAGACUUGGCAUCAGGGAAUUUCCCUGUCAUGGGAAGAGAGCGUAGGCGGCUUCCUAGGGUAAUGACUGUUCCUGGUAAUGUCUCUGAGUUUGAUGAAGAUCAAGCGUAUAGUGUGUCUUCCGAUAAUCCUUCUUCGGUUUCCUCUGAUCGAAUGAUCAUUGUGGCUAACCGGCUCCCAUUGAAGGCGGAGAAACGAAAUGGAAGCUGGAGUUUUAGUUGGGAUCAAGAUUCUCUGUAUUUGCAGCUCAAGGACGGGUUGCCUGAGGAUAUGGAGAUUUUAUAUGUUGGAUCUUUGAGCGUUGAUGUUGAUUCAAAUGAACAAGACGAUGUGGCGCAGAUACUGUUGGACAAAUUUAAAUGUGUUCCUACGUUUUUCCCACCUGAUUUGCAAUCAAAGUUUUACGACGGUUUUUGCAAGAGGCAGAUAUGGCCGCUUUUUCACUACAUGCUUCCGUUUUCCGCUGAUCAUGGUGGAAGAUUUGAUAGGUCUCUUUGGGAGGCUUAUGUAGCGACUAACAAGCUCUUCUUCCAGAAAGUAAUUGAGGUUAUUAACCCAGAUGAUGAUUUUGUCUGGAUUCAUGACUACCAUUUGAUGGUCUUACCAACUUUUCUGAGAAGGCGGUUUAACCGGAUAAGGAUGGGAUUUUUCCUUCACAGUCCCUUCCCCUCAUCUGAGAUAUACCGGUCUCUUCCUGUUCGGGAGGAGAUACUUAAGGCGUUACUAAACAGCGACCUUAUUGGCUUUCACACGUUCGAUUAUGCUCGUCACUUCCUUACUUGCUGCAGUCGGAUGUUGGGUCUAGAAUAUCAGUCUAAGAGAGGUUACAUUGGGCUGGAGUAUUACGGGAGGACUGUGGGAAUCAAGAUCAUGCCAGUGGGGAUCAACAUGGGUCGGAUUCAAUCGGUGAUGAGAUAUUCAGAAGAGGAGGGUAAGGUGAUGGAGCUCAGAAAUCGUUUCGAAGGUAAGACAGUGUUGCUUGGUAUCGAUGACAUGGAUAUUUUCAAGGGUAUAAACCUGAAGCUUCUAGCAAUGGAACAAAUGCUGAGGCAGCACCCGAAUUGGAGGGGAAGGGCUGUUCUGGUUCAGAUUGUAAAUCCCGCUAGGGGUAAAGGUAUUGAUGUAGAGGAAAUACGUGGUGAAAUCGAAGAAAGCUGCAGGAGGAUCAAUGGAGAGUUUGGGAAACCUGGAUAUCAACCUAUCAUAUAUAUUGAUACUCCGGUUUCGAUUAAUGAAAUAAAUGCUUAUUACCAUAUUGCUGAGUGCGUGGUCGUUACAGCUGUUAGAGAUGGUAUGAACCUUACUCCCUACGAAUAUAUCGUUUGUAGACAAGGUUUACUUGGGUCUGAAUCAGACUUUAGUGGCCCAAAGAAGAGCAUGUUGGUUGCAUCAGAGUUUAUUGGAUGUUCCCCUUCGCUUAGUGGGGCUAUACGCGUAAACCCAUGGAACGUUGAAGCUACUGGAGAAGCACUAAAUGAGGCCCUCUCAAUGAGUGAUGCUGAGAAACAGCUACGGCAUGAGAAACAUUUCCGGUAUGUUAGUACUCACGAUGUAGCUUAUUGGUCAAGAAGUUUCUUGCAAGACCUAGAGAGGAUAUGUGUGGACCAUUUCAAGAAAAGGUGUUGGGGGAUGGGGAUUAGUUUUGGUUUCAGAGUUGUUGCACUCGAUCCUAAUUUUAGAAAGCUUUCAAUACCGUGCAUUGUGUCAGACUACAAAAGGGCGAAAAGCAGAGCGAUACUGUUGGAUUAUGAUGGCACUCUGAUGCCUCAAAACUCCAUCAAUAAAGCUCCAAGCCAGGAAGUUCUUAACUUUUUGGAUGCACUUUGCGAGGACAAGAAGAAUUCAAUUUUCAUUGUCAGUGGAAGAGGGAGGGAAAGUUUAAGCAAGUGGUUCACUCCGUGCAAAAAAAUUGGAAUUGCGGCAGAGCAUGGAUACUUCUUAAAGUGGUCAGGCAGUGAAGAAUGGGAGACAUGUGGGCAGAGCUCUGAUUUUGGGUGGAUGCAGAUCGUGGAACCUGUAAUGAAGCAGUACACUGAAUCGACUGAUGGCUCUUCCAUUGAAAUCAAAGAGAGCGCUUUGGUUUGGCAAUAUCGGGAUGCAGAUCCAGGCUUUGGUUCUUUACAAGCGAAGGAAAUGCUAGAGCAUUUAGAGAGUGUUCUAGCUAAUGAGCCAGUGGCAGUCAAAAGCGGUCACUACAUAGUAGAAGUCAAGCCUCAGGGAGUGAGCAAAGGAUCCGUGUCAGAAAAGAUAUUUUCAUCAAUGGCCGGAAAGGGAAAACCGGUUGAUUUCGUGUUAUGUAUUGGAGAUGACAGAUCUGAUGAAGACAUGUUUGAAGCGAUUGGUAAUGCGAUGUCGAAAAGGUUACUCUGUGAUAAUGCUCUAGUCUUUGCAUGCACAGUUGGGCAAAAGCCAAGCAAGGCUAAAUACUACUUGGACGAUACUACUGAAGUGACAUGCAUGCUUGAAUCUCUAGCUGAAGCAUCAGAGGCUUCAAACUUUUCUAUGCGUGAACUUGAUGAAGCCCUUUGAUUUGGAACCAGAUCUUUUGCCAGAUGGCUAAAGAAGAGGUUAGACAGACAAAGACAAGGAAUAGAAGAGACUGGGAGUUUGUUGGUCUGUAUGUGUUUGUCAGAUUGAAAGAAAGAAAAGAAGAAAAGGGUAGUGAAAGAGUAAUAAUGGGGAAAAAAACAAAUGGUGAUGUGAAGAAGCUUUGUUAUUUGCAGAGCAAUCAAUCAAACAAUCAAAGGAGGAGGAAAAUAGAUGUGUUUGGGUUCAUCAGGGAAAUGUGUUUGCAGGAUGUUGAAGUUAACAACAAGCAAAAGCUUUUCCUGAUCUUUUUUUUUUAAUAUUCUUAUUACUAUUAUUAUUGUUAUUUGUAAUUGGAUGAUCUCUUGAGGAUAUCAAAUUUGGAUUCGGCUGUUUAUUGGAUCUGAACGAAAACGAAACUGUGAAGAAAAUGUUUGUAAAGAUAACGUUGCUUGUCCAUUGUUGAUUUUUUUCUUUCUAUUUAUUAUUAUGCUUUUCUUAUCGUUGGGGAUGUAACUUUUUUGACGCUCUAGUAGUAUAAAAAUAGUGAACGGAGAAUUAUAUGGGUUCAGUUUCAGCCCAAUGGGCCUUACUUACGGCUUUUUCGUUU